AUGGUCAAGGUUGAUAUUUUCCGGCCUGGGUUCGUCCUGCAGGCGGCGAUAUGGACGGCCUGUGGCAUGGCCUUUAUCCUGUUUGGAUACGAUCAGGGCGUGUUUUCGGGCAUCGUCGAAAACGAGGACUUUCUCGGCACCAUGGGCCAUCCGGGCGAUAGUCUGCUGGGCAUCAUUGUCUCCAUCUACAACCUGGGUUGCUUCUUCGGGUGCAUCGUGAACUUUCUCGUUGGCGACUGGCUGGGCCGACGGAGGGCCAUGUGGCUGGCCAUGGUCUGGGUUGUUAUCGGUGCCACGCUGCAAUGCUCCGCGUACAGCGUCCCGCAUAUGAUGGUCGCCCGGUUCGUGACCGGCAUCGGAACGGGCAUUGAGACCUCCACGGUGCCGAUGUAUCAGGCCGAGCUGUGCGAAGCGUCCAAACGAGGCAAGCUGCCUCAUCUUUGUGAUUGUCGUCUAACUGUCCAGGUCGUCAUCCUCCUCGUCUUUGGCCUCCCCGAGUCGCCGCGGUACUGCUACAAAGAGGGCCGCAACGAGGAAGCCCUGCAAAUCCUGAGCGACUUCUACGGCCGACCAAAAGACGACCCAAAGAUUCUCGCCGAGCAAGCCGAGAUCCUCGAAGCCCUUGCCAUCGAAACCAAGCAUGGAGAGUACAAGUGGCGGAACAUCCUCAAGCGCGACGAAGUCUGCACCGGCCAGCGAGUAGCCAGUCUCCUCGGAUACGGCAUGCAAUUCAUGAACCAAGUCGGCGGCAUCAACCUGAUCGUCUACUUCAUCCCCACCGUGCUCAGCACCAACGUCGGCCUCAGCAAGAACCUCUCCAUGAUCAUCGGCGGCUGCGUGCAGAUCAUGUUCGUCGUCGGCAGCUUCUUCCCGACCUUCUUCGUCGACCGCGUCGGCCGCCGCCAGCCCAUGAUGUGGGGGGGCAAGGCGAACGAGCACGCCACCUCGUCCGCGUCCAUCGCCUUCUUCUUCGUCUACAUGCUCAUCUUCGGCGCGUCUGUCAACUGUAUCCCGUGGGUGUACGUGCCGGAGAUCUUGCCGCUGCAUGCCCGGGCCAAGGGCACGGCGAUUGGGAUUUCGUCGAAUUGGAUCUGGAACUUUUUUGUCGUCAUGAUCACGCCGGUCAUUAUUAACCGGCUGCAGUGGAAGGCGUAUCUCAUCUUCAUGUGCACGAAUUUCGCCUUCGUCCCGCUUGUGUAUUUCUGUUAUCCGGAGACGGCGAAGCUGACUCUCGAGGAGAUUGAUUUCCUCUUUAAUAACCCGGAGAAGAGUGCUGUGAAGCUGUCCAAGGAGCUGCAGAAGGAGCGGAGGCGCGGCCAGGGACGCAGCAUCGUUGUGGAUACGGGCAUCUUGCGCAAUGCGAGUGUUGCGUCCCAGGGUGGGCAGGAGAAGAAGCAGAGUGCUUCGGAGGAACAGGUCGAGGAGGUUUAG